UAUGCAUCUGCAAGAGAGGAAUCCAAGAUAAGUACAGUUUGGAAAGGUAUCACAGUGGCUCACUUCCAAGUAGGAGGACACAUCAAACAACUAAACAACUUCACCAUGGUAACCCCAGCUGAGGAGAGAAUAUAGAGUACCCAGAUGAACUCUUAGCACCAUUUCCAACAGGUGACUUUCUAUCUGUGCACUGUUCCAUCCUUCAGUACCAUCAUGAGCUAUAGCUAUGCACACAGCAGCUCUUCCAGGGCUGGAAGUGGUCUCUCAUCUCGAAUUUCUAGUGGUGUCUUGGGGUCAUCAAGUGUGCAUGGAGGUUAUUCUGGCUCUGGUAUCUCUCAAUCCGUGCAUAGGUUAGCCUCUUCUGGAUUUGGUGGCGGCUCCUCUUAUGGCGGUUCUGGCAGCUCUGGCUUCGGCUCCAACAUUGCUUCCAGCAGUGGAGAGGGAAUUUUUUCUGGAAAUGAAAAGUACAAAAUGCAAAACCUCAACGAUCGCCUGUCUAAUUACUUGGACAAGGUGAAGUGUUUGGAAGAGGCCAAUACAGAGCUCGAGCACAAGAUCCAUGACUGGUAUGAGAAGCAAGGGUCGGUCACUGUGCGUGAGCAAAGCUACUCGCACUACCAUACAACAAUAGAGGAGCUGCGUGAGAAGAUCCUUGCUGCUACAAAUGAUAACCAUCAAAUUACGUUGGCAAUUGAUAAUGCUCGCUUGGCUGCAGAUGAUUUUAAACUCAAGUAUGAGAAUGAACUACACAUGCGAAUGGGAGUUGAAUCAGAUAUCCAGGGUUUGAGAAGGGUAUUGGAUGAACUAACACUCGCCAGAUCAGACCUGGAGUUGCAGAUCGAGAACCUGAAGGAAGAGUUGGCCUAUCUCAAGAAGAAUCAUGAGGAGGAAAUGAGUGACAGGGGCAAGCAGAUGAGUGGAACAGUGAACGUGGAGAUGGAUGCAGCUCCAGGAACUGACCUAUGCAAGACCUUGGGUGAUAUGAGAGAGCAGUAUGAAUACAUCGCCGACAAGAACAGGAGGGAUGCAGAGGCAUGGUUUGUAGCCCAGAGUGAAUCUCUGCAGAAGGAGGUUGUCUCCAACACACAACAAGCCCAAUCCAGCAAAACAGAGAUCACAGAUUUGAGACGUACCAUGCAGGGCUUGGAGAUUGAGCUGCAGUCACAGCACAGCAUGAGAGCAGGACUGGAGGCUUCUAUCUCUGAAACUGAGGGCCGAUAUGCUGCUCAGCUUAACCAUAUCCAGUCUGUCAUUGGCACCCUUGAGGAACAGCUGAGCAACUUGCGAUCUGAACUGGAGCACCAGAAUGUGGCGUACAGAACACUGCUCGAUAUCAAGGCUCACCUGGAGGCCGAGAUUACCACAUACCGUAAACUGCUGGAUGAGCAUGAUCAGAGCACUGGAGCUUCUCAUAAGGAGAGUAAAGGUAAUUGA